CAUCCCUCCCAGCCAUCCAGUGUCUUCCAAGAGUCUGACUGCAUUCGGUUUCCUUCCAAUGCACGGUCAUCCGCAAACGGCCCGCCGACGGUCGUUUUCGCGCUCUCUCGCGGACAGUCGUCGGCCAGCAGUACGUAACGUAGAGGUGUUUCGGACUCUCUUCCUCUCCCACGAAUGCCGGAGCCCUCUCCAGUCCCGUCCUCUCGUUUCUCUCACUCGCUCGUCUUGUCACGUCUAGCCCCGCUUUCUUCCCAAUAGCACAUUUUUACCAAUGCAUGAACCCCUUCCGCAUGCGACGUAGACGACUUUUGAGGUGCCUCAAAAAUCCCUUCCGCAUGCGAAGUAGACGACUUUUGAGGCGCCUCAAAAAUCCCUUCCGCAUGCGAAGUAGUACAUCGUAGGCGUGUUCUACAUGAAGGCGCUACUAGCCUGAUUCCGUGGACCACACUGCAGCAGUCGCCGUCCGGAUCAUAUCGAGCCUACUUUCGAGCCGCUGAAAAGCAGUCGUCAUCCCGCCUUCGCUAUGCGGCAGUACUUUGGAAACCCUGUUGCAGUCACUACUAGCUAGCUUUUGAGUCUUCACUAGGCUCCUCGUGGCUAAGCAGGCUACGGAAAACGUGAUUAAUAACCUCUCUAUUUUGCGACGCGACGUUAUGGCCUCCCAAAUCCUCGCGAGUCAUCAUCAUCGUCACCUCGACAGCGGGAGUUAUUUCGAGAACGAUUCAACGGCUGCGGCGCGGGGAAGCACCAUGAUGGCCGAGGGGCCCGACUGUAGCAGUAGCGUGGCAGAGUCCGACUCUGCUUCUGCUAGUACUAGCAAUUAUCCAAUCCCAAUCCCAAACCGAAUGCGAAUCCGAAUCGACACCAUCGUCGUGGUCCCGUUAGGCCGGCCCUGGCGAACCGGCGGUCCCGAAUCGACUUCCCGAGCGCCGCGACCACCCGCUGCCACGUCAGCAUGCUUCUCGACCAAUUGGAAGAGCGAUGCCGCCUCGCCGCUCAAUCGCCGCGGUUUUACCAAGGUUCGGGUUGCAGCCGCGGCGCGCCGAACCAACAGAUCGACCGGUACUGCCCGCCAGGCUGGCGGGAACCGUGGCUCGUCAGCAGCAGCUUCGGGCCGAGGCUGGAGGGUCGGUUCGAGGUUGGGAGGGAGCUUGGGCGCGGGCAUUUCGGCGUGGUGCGGGAGUGCUGGGAGAGGAGGAGCGGCGAGACGUUUGCCUGCAAGACGAUCAGCAAAGUGUUGCUCCAGGGCCCGAGGGAACUUGAGGAGCUCCGAGCCGAGGCGCUGACGCCGCUGCUGCUGCAGCAGUCGGCGGAAGAGGAGGAAGCGGCGGAAGAAGAGGAGGUGGCGGGAGAAGUGGCUGGACUGCAGAAGACGAAGAGGCGCAAGUGAAAAGAAGAUGGCGAGGGCAGUGUCACUUCAGCCCAGGAGGAGGGGCAGGAUGGGCAGAACCCAGAGCCUCACAGCAAGCAGCAUGCCCCCUGGGAGAGGCUGGUGCGUCUACAUUCAGUGUACGAGGACAGCUGGGGCGUGCACCUGGUCAUGGACCACUGCAGCGGAGGAGACCUGUUUGACCUCGUUGACCGGCAUGCUGACUCAGCAGGCAUGCCGGAACAGCUGGCAGCCGCUGUUGGGGCCAACUGGCUGCCACGCUGGCGUGGAUGCACGCCGUGGGGGGAUGCUCAUGGGCAUUCCACCUUCAGCACCUUUUCAGAACUCCACCUUCGGAUCGCCGAUUUCGGGCUAGCGAGGCGACUGGCCCCUGGCGAGCACCUGACAGGGCUAGUUGGCAGCCCUUUCUACCUGGCUCCUGAGGUCGUGAAAGGUCAUCUGUACAACCACCAGGUGGACGUGUGGAGCCUUGGGAUCAUCCUCUACACGUGCCUUUCCGGGAAGCUUCCAUUCCACGGCCCGAACCACAACGCCGUGUUGCUGCGGCGUGCCAGGCGGCGCCGGACCUGAGCUCGCCGGAGCUGUGGGGCGGAGUUCUACCGAGGCUAAGGAUCUGGUUCGGCGGAUGCUGGAGAAGGAGCCGGGGAGGAGGAUAAGAUCUUGCGAGAUACUUUCGCAUCCGUGGUUUGAGACGGUGGAGAGAGUGGGAAGAGUAGGGAGAGGGGAGCGAGAAGAGCAUAAGACUGAACUAAGGGCAGAAUCACGACGCUUUGGGACGAACGGUAUCACGGGCAGUGCUGGUAUCAACACCAGCAGCAGCAGCAGCAGCAGCGGUGGUACAGCUGCUAUGGAACGGCACCAGCAGCAGCAGCAUGCAGCGCAUACCAUCCGGCAGCUCCCAGCAGCGAGCUUCCCCUGAUCAGUACUGAGAAGCAGAUGGGCUCGUUUCUGCCGUGGACUGGAGUGGAUUGCAGCAGCACUGGAGGAAGUGUUGCUGCUGGGAGCGUGAGUGCAGCGAAUGUGGCUGUGAAGAAUUCACCUAUCGGGGGCAUGAGCAGUCCGAGUAUUCUGCACUCGCAACCGUGGCAGGCAAACCAAUGUUGUCAGCCACCUCCAUCAAGUCAACCGAAACAAUCAACUACACCACAUCAAGGCAGUCAACCCAGUCAACCCAGUCAACCCAGUCAGUCCUGUCAGCCAGAUCAACGGGACCAGUCCUUGCUGUGCGGAGGACACAGAUGAUCCCAACCACACCACCGCCAUGCCACCCUCCAAGCACCCACCAACACUGCAGUUCAUCCCAACCUCUCCACCCCCUCUCCUCCCCCCCCCAUAUCUCCACCUCCUCCACCGACUCUCAAGACCCACCAACCCCACCCCCUCCGUCCUACACUAUCUCGUGCCCUGUCUGCCCGUCCGCGAAAACCAGCCACCCAAUCACCACGACCCGCCAGCGCUACCCCCUCUGCCCUCCCCCUCGCUGCUGACUCAGCUCCGGGCUGACAGGGUGGCGGAUCUGAUGAGGCUGUUUCAAGCCUGCCAGGCUGGCAGUUCUGGAGAGGAUUCGAGGUGUCAAGGCAGCCCAGCAGUUAGCUCAGUGCGGCUUGAAAACCAAUCAAACAUAGAUUGUAGAUCUUCUUGUCUAGUACCCUUAAUAUUGAGCUGGUUUUUGUAGUCUAGGCUAUAUAAGACGAGUGCUGUAAACAACAUGCACCUGUAAUUGAUGAGUAGAAUAUGAAAAUUA